AAUUUGCCGAUGAGGUUAAAUUAUGAAUCAAGUGUAAUAUUACACAUCCGGAAUUUAAUCGCUUGUGACAGGAAGUGUAAAUUAUAAUUUAUUAUCGUUGUGAGGUACUUAAAAUUAGGAAAAUUAUUGUUAUUGAAGAAAAAGGUUAAAAGCAAGUGACAGAAGUUGUUAACUAUCCCCGAUGCAUACCCACCCAUACUGUGACCUUAAUUACCACGGAAACGACCUUCAACUUACGUAACCAUAGCAACCAUGGAGCUUGGAUAGCUGCAACACGACACAAACAUUUUCAGGAGUGAAAAAUAAACUAUUUUAUAAUCAUUAUACAUUGUGUGUGCCAAAUUUAAGUGUGCUUUUUCACAAAUAUCUGCCACAGUAUUUUUUAUUAUAAUUUAUUUUGUUUUUGAAUAUUGAAAGUCACGCUUUUAUUUGCUCAAACCAAGUGAUACGGAUCUACAUCACCGCAAGUGGUACAGGAUUUUGGGAAUUAUUAUCGUGAAUUUAAGUGCAUUAAAUUCAACAAGUAAAAAAGGCUAAAUCAUUGCAGAUUUAAUUUGUGAUAAAGUGAAGACCUUCAUUUCAUUAUAAGUUACAAACAAAAAAUUUAUCAUCAACUUUAACAGAUUUGGGAAAAGAAAUCUUAUCUUUGUUUGUCAACGAGUGACUCGCACAUACAUAAUAAUCCAAACGUUGAGAAUGAAAUAAUAAAUCAUAGAACGUUGUAGAUUGCAAAAUAGUAAAUACCAGAAACAGCCAAUCACAAGUUGGAAAUACCUCAAGUAGUCAAUUCAAGAAAGUUAUAUUAUAAGCCAAUUGCAAGCUAGAAAUACUAAAAAGGAACUGAUCUUAAAUAGAACAUUCAAAACCAAAGCCGAUUUUUAGUUGGAAUAGUAAAUACCAGGGAACAUCACAGUGAAAGACAAAAGUGUUGACAAUUGUUGUAUUGAAAAUCACGUUAUCGUAAAAUUGGCCAGAUAAACGCUGCUUCAAUCAUUGACGUUUACAAGAUAGAUCCUGUAUUAUAGACAGCAACCCUGAAGAAACGUUUGUCCAAACAUCUAAAAAUAGAUAUCUACAUCAAACAACUAUAUACAAAGAAUAAAAGAUUGCAACUCCCUUGGCCCCUAAGUGAGCAUGUCAUAUUUCACACGGGCUAACUCAGGAAGUUUUGAAAAUGUUGACGAUGAUGAUGAUAACUUUGGAUUUCAAGCAACUGUUGAUUUUGAUUGUAACACAGAUGGGCUACCCCGAAGCCCGACGGAGGCUGAGAGCCUGUCUUCCAUGUCCUCAGAUUACUCUGUUGACAGUCGGCCUCGCUCGGUGCGCAGCGCUAGUAUUGCUGUCUCACCAUCUGAGACUGGACUGUCCUUCUGGCUUGAUAUGGACCAGGAAGAUGACUUGGAACAUUCCUUUAGUCUCCAUGACGACAUUGAAAAACUGUUCGAUAAACCACCAGAGCGAACAUUUGCUGAUCUGUUGUCAUGUAGCGAGGACAGUGUACCAUGGGGUGAACGUCACCAGGAAGUGAUAGAGAUUCCAUCACAAGGGAGCGAACGCUGCCUAGAGGAGUAUGACAUAACAAGUCAUCGAAGAUCUUCCUUCCCGCACAUUCACGUUCCGCUUAAAUCCCUGCACAGCCAUUCCUCGAAAAACUUCGCAGCACCAAUUGAACAAGUAGAUGAUGAAGAGAAAGAACCGGGUAUAAAGAAGAAAAAGAAAAAGCGGAAAAAGUCCCGCCAACAUGUGAAGAAGUCCAAGUCCAAUGUUUUCCCCUCCAAAACUGCAACUGUGUCUGCAUCCAUUCCAGAAGUGGAGAGGGAAGAGUAUUCGGCAUAUAACACGGAGUUUCAGAGACAACGGGUAGUUUCGUUUUCGGACAAACUUGAUUUAGUUCCCCUAUUUUAUAUGGAGUCAGAUGGUUCCAAGUCCAAUGAUGAUAGUUGUGAAGAUGAAGAUGACCUUGAAAUAGAUGAAACCACCAAGCUCCUCGAUGAUGCUGGUCUUGGUAACCUUAUAACACUCACUGAUGAUGAAUUAGAUGCUCCGCUAGAACCGAUAAAUGAGCUCUACAUUUCAGAAACUGAUCUCAGUGCUAAGCCAAUAGAAAUUACUGUAAGUGAGGCUGAUAAACUGGGUCAGCCAAUCACAGGAAGUGUUAAAGGCCAAAGUCAACCAAUCAGUGAGUCUGUUACAUUAGAAGUGGUAAAUGAAGCAACAGAGAAGCUUGAUAAAUCUUCAUCAGCUCAUCUUAGACUACCUUGGACUAUCGGAGAUACUGGGAGCACCACUUCAAGUCUUGUACAAGAAGAUACCACUCUAUCCGUUCCUUCCUUUAGCAUUGAAAAUGCCCACUUGAGGGUCCCUUGGUUGGCACCAAAAAAAACACCAGAACAUGGCCUGUUUUAUAUUGGCUCAGACAACCAAGUAGGCUCCUCAGCUUCGUCUGUAGCUCCAAACGUGUCCCCUAGCAUCUCGACCGUCCAGUCAUCGGUAAACUUUCCAGGACUUGCAGACAGUUCCCCCGUGGUUGUUGUCCUGAAUAAUGAUGAGAAUCGGCCGCUUGUGUCCACCUCGUUACAACGGUCGGACCCCCCGAAAACUAUGGGGAAUGUGAAGUUCUUAAUGGAGCAAGAUGACAAUAAAGUGAAGUUUCUACUAGGUGAAGAAAUCGAGGGCAGUGAUGUGUUUGAGGUGAAAGCCAAAUUUGGUAACAACGAAAGUGAUGAUGAUGACAGCAGCGGCGACAGUGAUGACAGUAGUGGCUCUGGAAGCCAGGAGGAAGACGAUGAUGAUCAUCAUCAACAACAGAACAAACUUUCCUCAAAUAACCAUCAGAGUAGAGACUAUGAUAGAGGUCACUCCCAUCCCAGGGUAGCAUUUGAGCGCCAGGCUAGUGAUGGAGGUCAUAGCACGGAUGAGGAAGGACGGAGGACCAGUGGGAAAGGAUCCAUGUCGCCUAAGUCUAGAUCAAAACACCGUCGCCAUCACCACCAUGAAAACUACAAAACAGAAGACUUAAUGCGGCGGCGACAACGAGGGAGUGAGGUACAGAUUACAGAUGCCCUCAGGCGUGUGCCAACAGUGACAGAAACGGAGGAGGCCAUUACACUACAGUCGGCUGAUUUGGAGGAGAUGGCUAGUCACAGAAUGGAUGACCUCCAAGGUAUCAGAAAACAUAAGAUAGGUCAUCGCAAGCACAAGGGGUCGUCUACCAAGGUUUACCAUGGAAAAGGAGACAAACCACGGAGGAAGUACAUGACCUUCUCCCAGAAGAAGAAGACUUUCGAUCAUAGUCCACAUGAGGUAUUUGUCGAGCUGGAUGAGUUAUAUUCCCAAGAUGGUCAUGAGAUUGAAUGGCGAGAGAAGGCUCGAUGGAUCAAGUUUGAGGAAGAUGUAGAAGAGGGAGCUGAGAGAUGGGGCAAACCCCAUGUUGCUUCCCUGUCAUUUCAUAGUCUCCUAGAGCUGCGGAAGGGCCUUGAAAAAGGAUCCUUGCUGUUGGACUUGGAGGCUUCAGAACUGAUAGAAGUUGCUCAACGUAUCGUGGAGGACAUGGUUAUCCAUGAUCAGAUAACCUCUGAUGUCAAGGGUCAUGUGAUGAGAACAAUACUCACUAAACACAAGUUUGUUACCAUGGAUACGGUUAAGACAUUGCUGGCCCGCAACAAGUCCUCUAUGGACUUACAGUCAAUGGAAGAAAGGCACCAGAAAGAUGUUGGCCAGCACUCCCUUAUGAAAACCCUGUCCCAGAGCAGCUUCUCUCAGCUUCCCUCAGAAUCCCAUAUCCAGGCCUCCGCCAAUAACUCUGUGAACCGACACUCUGGAAUGAACCUCACAGUACCGGAGACCAAUCAUUUUGGAGGGAAGCUUGGAAGUCAGACAAGCCUUGGUAAGAACAGCAAGAAGAAGGAUAAAAAAGAAAGGGAUAAAGACUCCAAGCAAAAUGGCGUUCACAGGCCUGGGAGGUUGGAAAUGGUCAAGGUGGACAUUGACAAAACAAUGAGCUCAGGAGAUGCUGGUAUGCACAUCGGCGUGGUACCAAAGGAAGCUGAUCUCAAAGACCCUCGGUCUGACCACAAGAUGUCGCUGAUGAGGAGAAUACAGAGGGAUGCUGAAGCUUGUAUGGUUCUUGUGGGAGUUGUGGACUACCUUUCUAAGCCUGCCAUGGCGUUUGUACGGCUGGCUGAGAAACAGGUGAUGGAAAACCUGACUGAGGUUCCUCUGCCAGUAAGGUUUAUCUUCGUGUUACUGGGGCCACCAAACAGUUCAAUGGACUACCAUGAAAUUGGACGCUCCAUCUCAACUCUCAUGUCAAACCAGCACUUCCAUGAGAUCGCUUACAAGUCCGAAUCCAGGUCUGAUAUCUUGCACGCUAUCAAUGAAUUCCUGAACGAGUCUAUAGUGCUGCCCCCUGGAGACUGGGACCAGAAGACGCUGCUACCUGUAAUGGACAUGGCUCGUAAGAAGGCAAAGAUCAGGAGGAGACAUGAGAAGAAAAAGAAAGAGCUAGAAGAGCUGCAGAAGAUUGAAAUAGAGAAAAAGAUUCCCAUGGAUCCAUUAAAGAGAACGGGAAGACCGUUUGGAGGGCUUUUUAAUGAUAUACGUCGGCGCUUUCCUCAUUACAAGAGCGACUUCCAGGAUGGAUUUGAUCCCCAGUGUAUCAUGGCCCUCAUCUUUAUAUUCUUCGCCUGUCUUUGUCCCUGUAUUGCGUUUGGUGGUCUCUAUGGUGAGAAGACCCACGGUGAGAUAGGAGUGGUGGAGACCAUUAUAGCUACAGCAUGUACAAAUUUGCUGUUUGCUUUGUUUUCUGGACAGCCCCUUAUAUUGUAUGGUGCUACUGGUCCGGUACUAGUAUUUGAAAAACAUCUGUGGAAGUUUUGUUAUACCAGUGGAAUAGAGUUCCUUACAUGGCGUGUCUGGAUUGGUAUUUGGGUGUUUGUAAUUACGGCGAUAGUAAUUGCCCUGGAAGGCAGCUACAUUGUGAAGUCUAUCACACGUUUUACAGAGGAGGUGUUUGCUAUUCUCAUUUCUCUCAUCUUCAUCAAUGAAGUUAUACAGAAGCUGAUUGAGAUAUAUCAGCAGCAUCCAUUAAGGGGAAAGGAGUAUUACUGUGAUAUAAAUAGUGAAACCAACAACACAGAAAAUGUCACUGCAAUUAUCAACAACGUAACAGCUACAACGAUUCUACCUGUUUUACUGGCAGCCAAGAAUAUGUCAUCUGAAAUAACAUACUCUGUAUCAACUGUAACAGGCACUACCACAGAUGGCCACCAUGAUGGCAAAAAUCACGAUGGUGUGACGCAUGGGUAUUCCGGGCACUAUGGUCAAGAUUCUAACAUUAACGAGCCCAACACAGCUUUGUUGUCAACGAUUCUUAUACUUGGCACAUUCCUUAUUGCAUACUUCCUCAGGAUUUUUAGAAACAGCAAAUUCCUUGGUCGAAGUGCCCGCAGAGCUCUUGGAGAUUUUGGAAUCUUCCUGGCAAUAGUUCUUAUGGUGCUUUUUGACUAUAUAUGUGCUGACACCUUCACCCAGAAACUUGUCAUUACGACCCAUCCUUUUGAAAAUAGGAAACUAGCUCUGCCCACGACCACAUUCAGUCAUACGACAGGCCAGGAAACGUGGUUUGUUAAUCCAAUGGGCCAGACACAGACUAUGACGCCUGGACUGAUGGUGGUUGCUGUGAUACCCGCAUUCCUCAUCUUCCUGUUGCUAUUUUUAGAAAGUCAGCUUACACAGAUGUUGCUUCACAAAAACGAAUUCAUGCUAAAGAAAGGCACAGGCUUUCACUUGGACCAAUUCAUUCUUGGCGUUGUCAUCCUGUUGUGCUCAAUAUUCGGGCUUCCCUGGAUGUGUCCGGCAACGGUACGCUCCGUCGCCCAUGUUUCAUCGCUUGCUGUGAUGAGUAGAACCCAUGCACCCGGAGAGAAGCCCAAGCUUCUUGGUGUCAAGGACCAGAGGGUCACCAAUAUUGUAAUGAAUAUAUUGAUAGCCUCCACUUUAGCCUGGGGAGAUGUUCUACGUGCUGUUCCUAUGGCUGUCCUAUUUGGGGUGUUAUUGUACCUUGGCGUCUCAGCCAUCAGCGGUGUACAGCUGUUCAAGAGAAUCAGACUGCUUUUUAUGCCAGUAAAACAUCAUCCGGGCAAGAGCUAUGUCAGACAUGUGAAAACAAUGAAGAUGCACAUUUUUACCAUCAUCCAAGUUAUAUUGGUGGGCAUUCUUUGGGCUGUCAAAUCAACAGUGGUUGCCAUAGCGUUCCCGCUGUUUGUAUUCCUUAUGGUGCCUCUAAGGCUAAAAAUCUUACCCAAGUUCUUUACACACGAGGAACUAGAAGUUUUGGACAAAGAAGAGGAGGAUUCAGAUGAUGAAGAAGACACUGAUCCAGAUUUCUACCAACUUGCCCACAUGCCCAUAUAAAUGUGCACUUUCCAUCAAGUGGUGGGGUUGUCUUCUGUUCAGCAAAUUGGACUUUUGUUUUGUACAAUGUCAUUUGGCAUGUUGAUAUCACCAAAGGCUUACUGUGGUGUUAUAAUAUUAAAUUGAACAUUUUCAUCAACAAAAUCAAUGGAAAAUUGGCAGCAAAUAAGAUAAGAAGUGGGAAAAUUACUUGGUGAAAAAUGUGAAUUUUGUGGUACAUCAAACGGGCAUUUAGGAGAAUAUAAAACUACGAGUGGGAACAAGACAACGAGUAGGAAAUUUGUGGUACACCAAAUGGGAAUUUAGCAGCAUGUAUUAAGGGAAUUUUAUCAUCUGCUGGAUGAAACGGAAGCUUUGCCAUUAAUACUGAGAGUGAGAAUGCUGCGAUAAUUGCUAUAAAUUGAAAAUUUGUACCGCUAAGUCAUGUUGAAUUGAAAGUUGAGAUUUCGCACCAGAACAUUUCUGCAUACUUGUUUUCUGUCCACUGCAGAUGUUUGAAUAUGGCUUAUUCCUAUCACAUAAAUAUAUUUCAUUCCACACAACUUUAUUGGCAAUGAUGAAAACCUCAUUGAUCUUAUUAGAUAAUUAAGGUCAUCCUCAUUCUUGUUAGAAACUUAUGAACUUGAAACGAGACUCAUCAGCGAGACGGAUCAUGCAAAAUACAAAGAUGUAACAUUCAAACUUCAACUGAAUGUUUUGCAUUCUGUAAGCAGCACUUGUACGAUUUUGGAUGCUAAGAUUCAUAUGCUAAAAUAUAUGCUGACAAAAAUGACCAGCAUUGCAAUGACUGUCUCAAUGUAUAAAAAGAGAUGCUACAAUUUUACAAAUAACUUGUGAUGGAGGAAUUUGUGUCAAUACCUGUUGGCAAUUUUGACAUCCAACAAAGCUUGAAUACACAAUUUGUUCACUAAAUUUAACAAAGAGCUUAGCUUUGAAUAUCUUUUUUCUUUGCCAUUUUCAUUUCAAGUAAAUUUUUAAGAGCUUAGCCUCCAAUGGUUCAUUUAUCCCAUAUUUUUCUGUAGAAUGUAUGUUGUAAGUGUAAUGUUUGAAAUAAAGUAAUUACCAAUUCUUAUAUAUUCACAUUGGGCCGAUUGUUCAGAGCUUUGUUAAAGUUAACACGUAAUUGUAACCUUCAAAGUUUGAUUGCUCUAGAAAUGCAAUGGACAUACUUGUGGUUUGCAGUAUUUAUAACAAGAGUUGAGGCAAUGUUUCAGCAGUACUUGUUUUAAUUAAAUAUAUGAACAUCAAGUAUUGCACAUUUUAAAGUUAACAACGAUGUUGUUAAUCAUAUUGUUAACUUUAACAAAGUUCUGAACAAUCAUACCUUUAUUUACAUUAUUCUGCAGGACAGCAUCGUGUUUGUUUCUUACUGUUUAUGUUGAUAGAUGUAUACAAACUAUUCACAUUUAUUGUUAUUUUACUUUAAACUGAUUUGAAGAUUAAUAAUUCUGUAAUUGGGUUUACCUCAUACGUUUGGAAAUUCAUUACAAAAAUGUUAAUUACAAAUACAUUGUUUUUUUAUUGUAGUAAUUAGUUAUAUAAAGUGUAGUCUAUAUACCUUGUAAGGAUAUGUUCUGACGCGUUUGAUUUCUUGGUGUUAUCCACAAGUUUGUAAUGGAUGACUGUGCUAUUAUUGGACACACUUAUAACACUGUUGAUUUGCAUGAACAUAUUUAUGGAACUGUUCACGAUACAGAGGAACGAAUUGGAUAGUAUUUGCAGUGACCAGUGUUGCAGAUGAUUAUAGCACAACAUCAAUUGAGUGAAAAGUGUUCAUAAUAGGUAGAAUAUACUUCAACAUGAACUGUUGUCUCAGGAAGGCUGGUGUGUACUGGGUGGUAUUUUGAAAGUGUGAAGUGAUACCCAGUAUUUAAUUGCAAUACUAUGCAAGUACUUGAAUUUCUCAAUAGACCGACAGCUAGUAUACAUACAUGUUUUAUCACAGUGUUAGGGAUGAAAUGGGAACAGUUGUGACACAAUACAAUUUAAAGCACCGUUUUGUCUUUCACUCCUUUGAGUGAACCAUUUUGGUUUUAUUUGGUGUGAUUUAAUUUUUCCAUAUGUUGGCGCCAAAUUGGCGUUUUGCUCUUUUGGUCAGGAGUAUAGUUUUAGUUUAGCAAUGCAGUAAUUUUUUCUGGAUCAUUUAAGAUCAGGAAUGAGUUUUCGGAUCACAUGGGUAAUACUUUAAUAGUUAAAUGACGGAAACAUAUUAUUAUUUGUAUUACUGCUUAAAACUUUUUGCAGUGCAUAUGAUUUUAGUUUUUUUUCAGUCGCUUAAAUUGUUUUGCGAUGUAUGUGUAUUUCAUUGUGAAUGUAAUUACAGUUUUAGGGUUUUGCUUUGUUCUCAUUUUAAUCAAGUACAUAUUUUUAGCAGAAGGUAUUGUGUGUAGUACUCAAGAUUAUUUGUAAGAAUUGUUGAAGUUAAAGAUUCGUUAUAUAACAGAAUGCAGGGUACUGCUCUCCGGUUGAGGAUUAUAUUUAUUAUAGUUCAAGGAUGCAUUGCUAAACUGAUCUAAGUUUGCAAAAUCUUUAUGAAAUGGAGCUUUGUAAAACACUAAUUGAGGAAUGGCUGUAAGCCGGAAGUAAACAAGGUAUUGGUUUGUAUCCCGCAUUUUUUACUCUUUGUGCAUAAUGCAUGCUUUAGUCACGGACCGCGUUUAUGUCUCAAAUUAUGUGCUAGAAAGGGUACAACGUGGUGUAAAGAUGAAUGUUAUAAGAUUUUGAUAUUUAUUGCAAUUGAAAUCCUGUUGACUUGUGUUGUCAGGCCCAUUUUAGUUAAUUUAGUAUGUUUGAUGACAUUGUAUAUUACUUUGUACAUACAGACAUACACCUUUGAGAUCACAUAUCUGUUUUGCACAAAUAUGAAAUGUAAGAUGGAGAUAACACAAAUGAAAGUAUCGUGUUAGUUAAAGGUAAGAUGUUUCACAUGAAUAUGUGCUAAUAAUUGUACAUUUACUGAUUUUAAAACUGAAUUAGCCUCAUUUAAACGUUGUGGCUGUCCGCAGUGGUUAUGGACAUUUGGAAAUAACAUCAAGGUUUUACCAAGAACUUUUAUUUUCUUUGAUGUUAUUAAACAUUGUUAACACAUCAGUCGUAUAAUAAACAUCAUCCAUGUAUCUCAUUUAUUUUUCCAAAGAACAUUCCUUGAUGAAGGUUUGUAUAACAUGCGAUAAAACAAACAGGUAGCGCAGUGGCAAAAACACCUUUUCGUUCUUGCGUGAUCUAACUGCAUGACGUAUUCUUUGUUUAUGUUUAAAGUGAAAUAAUACUUGAUUUAAACAGGGUCUUGAAAGCUUUAAAUAUUGAAAGAAGGCGUUUAACUUGUGCAUUUGACUCGUCGUUCAUUAGAACCUGUUUUAAACUGAUUCACACCUUGAAAAUAUGUAUUUUGAUCAGCUAAUACUUGUGUCCGUUAACAGUAUUUUGAUAUUCAUUCAUCUAUACUUGCUUCAAUCUGUAUUUAAAUGCAUUGUUUUGCAAUGUCACAUAAAUAUAUCUGGGAAAUCUUUCAACAUCGAUACAAACUAUUUAUUUAAAUGUCUCAUAACUGUUCUCAUAAGAAAUGUAUCCUACUGUAAUGUAUACAAAUGUACGUUACGUAUACGUAUUACAUACAUAAUAUAUUGAGAGUAUCUGUCCGAUAGCUGAACAUUCAAAACAUGCUACAACUGGCUCCCUCCUAAAACAAAGUGUAUUAAAUGCGCAUUUAAACUGUAUUAAUCGCAGCGGUAUUGCGACCGUAGUAUUAAGCAUUUUUUUGUUCUUUCCGAACUUUAUGAAGAAAAAUACGCUUUAAAAUGUGACUUCAGAAGCUUAAGUGUUAUUUUAGUCCACAGUUUUUCAUAAAAGUUAUGAUAUAAUAUACACCUUAAGCGUGAUUUUCAUCUAAGAAAAUUCGCCUUUAAUACAGAAAAAAAUAUUUGCAUAAGUGGACUUUUAAGGCAGAAAAAAGUUACAAAAAAGUGCAGUUUUGUUCAGUUUUUUCCACCUUUCAUUAACGCGUAAAGAAUACGAUACCAAUACCACUGCGUUUAGACACGGAUUUUAAAACACUUCUGAGAAGGGACACUCUGCGGUUACACUUGUGAUCACACUGACUUUCCUGAAACAAAAUAUACACCUCUUUCAUGGAGUUAAUGCUUAUAGGUACCUAGACUUUAUGUAAUUUAAAAAUGCACUCGUACAGAUUCCCUGUUUUGACAAAAAAGUUCUUGUCUUGGAAUGAACCCUUAGAAUGAAGCAAUCUUUGUUUAAUACCUGGGAAACCGUGUUAUAAGACUGGUGACAAAAUAUCAGAUUGCAGUUUUAAUAUUUACGUCCUAAAAUUGAAAUUUUGUGGCUAAAAGCGUUACUAACGCCUUAAGAGAUAUUGUUAGGCAUUAAGCAUCAGUUUUCGAACGUAAAUAUGACAAACUGCGAUCGGAUUCUUUCUCAGCAGUCUUAUAUCACAGGUUCUCAGACAUUUACGGAAAAAUGAUCUCGUUCUAAGACAAAACAUAAAAAAGUUGUCAAAACAGUCUAUCUGUGAGAACGCAGCUUUAAUGUAAUUUGUUACCUUUCUGGCACUCAUUUUACAUAUGUGCCAUCGUAUCAGCGUCCAUAUCAACUAUCACGUUUUUGCGAAUAAAAUAUUUCUGAGUAGUCUAAUGUCGCUCAAUACUUAUAAUUGUAAUACUAGCAAACUUUGAAUACGUUACCACAAAAAACUGUUGACUUAAAAAUGUUAUUCUAUUUGUUCAUAGGAUUAAAAAAAAUAAUCUUAAAAUUUAUUAUUAAACUUAAAUUUGAGAGUGUUUACACCCGUAUUGUAAGGAAACUACUGUUUGCCUUCUUAAGAGGAUCGAUAUAUCGUAAUUUAAGGAAGGGUAGGAUUUUCCUUAACAGGACUCACUUUUGCUAAUGACGUCAUAUAUUUUUUAUUUGUAUAAGUCAAUGGUAAUACCUGGUGCUCUAUAACAUCAGCUAUGUGCCAUUGGGAAACACAGCGUAGGUCAAGUCAAGUGUCCCAAGUCUUGUAGAUUCAGGUUACUGUGUUAGUAUGAGAAAUCCGUUAAAGAACUGCUCACUAAAUUUAGACUGCGAUUCCUUUAAGUUAAAUUAUACAUUUGUUUGAAAGUUCAUAUUUCAAACUAUAAAUAUCGUAAAAUGUUAUAAAUAUUUAUGCAAAAAGUUAAACGUUAAAACGUUAAAGUUCAUAUUUCAAACUAUUAAUAUGGCUGAAUAGCGAAAAAAAAUUAAAAUCAUUGUAAUUUUACAUAAUCGCUUUCCAUUGAUAGUAAAAAAAUGGUGUACUGACGAAUUCUUAUUAUAUUUUUUUCUGAAAUCUCAAUCAUGUUUACAUUCAUUUUGUUGAAGUUAUAACCAUGUCUGAAAUAAUCUAGAAAUUAUGUAGUCCAAAUGGGUAAUUAAGUUACAAUAAACACAACAAAGGGUAUUCCGGAAGCAUAGCUUUUUGUGUAAUAAAUUAUUUCUAAUAAUGUGUCCUAGGGUGCAACAUAAAACUAUUAUUGUUUGUACAUAAAACAUUCUGUGAUAAUAUUUUGUACAUAUGUAUGAUAUAUGCAGUUGUUAUAUUUGUGCCCAAGUUCUGUGUCAUAUAAAUAUUUUCCCGCCUUCUUGCAUUGUAUUGACUUUUUAUUAUAAUGAUGAAGCCAAUAUAAAUUAUUGCUAGAUUAUCUUCCAUUUUUGAAUGGGGACGAGGGUGACGUUUUAUUUUAUAUUUUCCCAGAAGACUGAUUCACUGUUGAAUUUUUGUUCAUGCUCUUUCUUAUCAGUAAUUUUUUGGCGCAAUUGACUGCCUUCUUAAGGCUAUUUCCCCUAGCGCAAAAAUAUCCAUCUUUCCAAAUAUUUCCCAAUGAAUUUCUUGAAAAAUAAACAAAAUCUUGACCAGACUAAAUCUUUCACAGCAUAAUGUAUGCAUAAAAAGGUGACAACAUGUAUAUUAGCUAUUUUUGCCUGAUUUUGUAUAUUUUCUAAGGUCGACUUUUUUGCCAAUUUGCAAGGCACAGGCGGUAAAAAUAAUCCCAAGAAAAUCACUGUUUAUUACCAAAGGAACUAUAUACAUGCGCUUCCACAAGAACCACGAUCGCAACAUUUUUAUUUUUUACAUAUGAAUGUUAAACAUCGACACUGAAGGUGUGACAAUACCAUAGUGAACAUUAUUAUAUAGUAAAAAAAAAAUAAGGGGCGGCAGAAAAAAGAGGGGGCGGCGGGGUUGAAAAUCUAGCAAUUUAUUUAUAGGUGCUUAAGCCUUUGUUUGUACUAGGCAAAAUAAGAGUUUAUUACACAACAAGAACAGAUAAGAUAUUUUAAUCGUUCAUGUUUGCCCGUCAACUUGAUGGUGUCCACUUGAUUAUGCUAUGUUAUCAGUAAACUAAAUAUUUGGUACUAUUUGUAGGCCACAUUUAUUAGUUUGUUCCAGGGAAAGGGUAGUUUAGAGUAGAUGAGUAUUAUUUGAAAACCAGUGUGUAUUCAGAGCAGUCAUUUUUCUUUAUUAUGAAGUGCAUAUCUAGAGAGUAAACCCAACAUUAUACAUUUAAAAUUUAGUCCUGUGCUGUAUUUAUUGUUAAAAUAUAAUUAUUGUCAAAGACAUUUCUUGAAAAAAUCUCGUCGUUAUGUUUCCGUCUUUGGAUUUUUUUUAUUGUUAAGACAAAGAAUAGUUAAAAUAAUUAUUUGUUGGCAGCUUAAGUUUUAAACAGACAUUUUUGAAUGAAUAUUCUUUUAUUCAGUAACUAUCUGUACAUUUCCAAAUGACAUUUUAGGCAGUAUUUUCCCUAUAGGCAGUAUUUUCUCUAUUAUAAACUUUAUCUUUAACCUUUAGUUUUGCAAACAGUUUUCAAUCAUUUCAAUGUGUAUACCUUAUUUUUUUAAAUGAAUGUAAUACAUGAUAAGGUCGUUGAUUUCCGUGAAAUAUCGAGACCUGCUGCCAAUUCUGUGUUUAGGUGGUCAUGAAAAUGACAUCACAUUCCAGAGACUCAUAACGUAGAUUACACACAGAUCCCUUUACAAGUUAAUUGUCAGAGAAAUAUUUACCAUAAAUCAUGAAUAAUGCUGUUUGAUAGUUCUAGUAAUGAUUUGGGUUAAGUUGGGCUUAUUUAUUCAAAGUAAUUAUAUAUCACACUUGUCUCAGAAACUAUGUUUGAUGCACGCUAUUGCUUUGUUGGAGUAUACGGGCUCACAUUUCAAAGCUGCACUCUCACAAAAUGACAGUUUUGCCAUUUUGUUUUAAGUUUGUGUCUCAGAAACAACUGAUUUUGGUAUCAUCGCCUUAAAUUCAGGCAUAUAUAAUAUCUCACAAUAGUACGUAUAUCAGUUGCAUGGAAAACUGCUGAAAAUUUCUUUUUUUUUUAAAGCAUAAGUAUUGCCUUUAACCAUUAAACAUCAAUUUUCGAACGAAAAUAUGAAAAACUGUGUUCUGAUCUUUUGUCAGACGUCUUUUAAGAUUAGUUUCCAAACAUUGACACAAAAAUUGGCUCCUUUAAAGACCAAAAGAAAUGUCACAAUGUCACAAUGGUCAAUCUGUGAGAGUGCAGCUUUUGUGCGUUCGUCGUUUCAGACGAUCAUGAAUUAUUUCCAUGAAUCAUAUAAAACAAAACAAAUUCAUAAUAAAGUUCAUUGUUAUUUAACGUGAAACAGAUACUAUUUUAUUAGCUAAGGAGUGCCGUACAUAUUAAAAAUUAAAAAUUCUGGUUUUACAGCUCAUAUCAAUUAUUUAAUAAGUCCUUUGUUAACAAACUACUGUUUUAAGUAAAACAUGUGCUUAAAAGUUGUUUUAAAAAAGCAUAUACAAUGUAAAGAUUUAUUUCAUUGAUAGUGGUGAUCUAAGAAAAUGUUUUAUCUUGUUGUAAUAUAAAUAUGCAGCCAAUUGUAUAACACUGGUUAAGUCUUUGGUUAUGUUAAAGUUAGCCAAAAUAGUUAGUGAUUGGUUAAUAUUUAUCCAAUAAUUACCGUUGACAAAUCAUAUAACUUUUUUUGCAAACUUACCAAAAUAUAACCAUUUGAUAACUUAUCUAGGUUGAUAUAAUUGGCUGCUGGACAAUUUUAUAAGGAGUAUGCUCAAAAAAAUAAGCGCCUUUAAGUGCUUUUAGGUUAAGUCUUUUGUUCAGUUGCUUUGACCAUCCCUUUAGAGUAAUAAUAUCUCACAAUUGUUGACAGUUAACGAAUAAUACAGAUGCGAAAAGAAAUAUUCUAUUUGGUACUAUGCGUACAGUAGAGGAACUGUAUUGCCCUUUUUUGGAAAGAACGGAAUUCUACUCGCGAGUUUUUAUGUAUUGCUCAGUCGAAUAACAAAAAAAAAAACAUAGUUUCCUUAAGUUAGUAAAACUGAAUUAAAAUCUGUAUGUUUUUCCACAUGGCUGUGAUAUGGCUCGUUAACUCGAAUUACUACUGUUAGUCACAGAGUAUAUAGAGUCAGGCAAUCAAUUGACAGAAGUUUCCCGAUUGGGAAAUACUGAAUGAAAAUCCCCUUGUUUCGCGAUGGGAAGAUACUGAAGGGAAAUCCCUCGUUCCUGUUCGGGAAAUUUCCCCACUGGUAGAGGAAUUAGAUGUUUAAGUUUUGUCCUACGCGAUUAUAACGUACCGUCAUAGAAAGAUACGAUGAGAAAUCGAAUUGACAAAAUGUAAUAUUCUAGACGUAAUAAUAUUGUUAUACUUACUUACCUUGAUGCGUCAUGUAUACGUACAAAGCUUUACGUAUGCAGGUUUUGGGGAUGGUCGAACUAACUGGGCAGCAGAUAUUUAUUUGUUCUAUGUUAUUUCCAAGCCAACAUGUCCAACCACUUGUAUGUAUUUUUGUUAUCACAAUGAGAAUAAAGGAAAGAUAUAUAA